AUGUCUCGCGUCGGAUUAUGGGCCAAGGUCGUGGCCGGUGGCCUGCUCAUGGUCGUCGGAGGUCCCGCCUUCGUUGAAUGGAUCCGCCCUACCGAUGAAGAACUCCGCAAGCGAUACAACCCGGACUUAAGGCAGCGUGCCGAGGCGCAAGGUGAUCGUCGCGCACAGGAAUUCGACGAUUAUGUCAACAAGUUGAAGGAGUGGUCCAAGUCGGAUAAGUCCAUCUGGUACGCCGCGCAGGAAGAGCGAGACAGGAAGCAAGCUGCGAUUGAUGCGCAGCGCGCCCAGAGCAAGGAACAGACGAAGACACAACGGGAGGAAAUGCGCAAGGAAAUGCUGGGUGAAAAAUGA